AUGCGCCGUGGACCAAGCAGCAACCACCUCGCCGAGGUGGACGUGGCACUCCUGCAAAGCAGACGCACAGCGUGUGCGCGCUCUGCGGGCACUGGGAGUACGACUUCCACGGGCACACGUGUUGCUCCAAGUGCAAAGGUGAGUACCUCGCCCAGCCUCAAGGCGGUGUUCGUGUUGCUGGUGAUAAGCGCGGCGGUGGCCGCAGUGGUAAGAGCAAAGGGCAGGGGCAAGGCCCUUCACUCGAAGAUGAACUCGAGCGGCAUGCUGGCCUUUUCCCUGAGCGUGCUGAUGCCCUCCGUGGUGCUCGGGGUCCUCUUCCUCGUGCACCUGGCCCUGAGCCUGUGGCAUCGUCCGACAAUGAGUUGGACGGGAAGGUGGCCAAGCAGCGCGCCGCCCUCGCUAUGGCUGUUGAGCGAGAUUCUAAGGCUGAGCGUUUGGCACUGUACGAGGUGGAGCAACGCCUGGCGGCAGUCCUUCGCCAUAAGGACGCCUUGGCCAAGGCCGAGUUUGCGCGUGCCGAGGCUGUUGGGCAGUUGGAGCAAGCCGCCGCUGCCCAUAAGGCCGCUUGUGAGGAGAUGGACAAGUUCGACCCCCUGGAGUUUCGACGGCAGGUAUUGGCUGAAGAACAAGCAGAGCGUGAUCUACAUGAGCGUGAACGCCGUGCUGCUGAGGCACGUGUCCAUGCUGCCCCUGCUGCAUGUGCUGCUGGUCAUGUGGCGCCCGCCCCAGGAGGUGUUCAAGCUAUGCACGUUGACGGUGGUAGCCUUCCUGCUCGACCCAGGUAUGCACAACCCCCUGCUGGCGGCCCUGCUGCUGCUGGUGAAGUGGGUGGUGCUGCAGGAGUUGCAGGAUUGGUGUGCCACGAACAACCAGCGCUUCGAGUUCUGGAUGCAGAUUAAGGAGUUCAGGACCCACCUGGACCAGGAUGCGGCUUCUGAGGCUCCCUCUGAUUUGGGCGAUGAAGAGCAACAUCUUGUCGAACUCGAGCAACUCAAGAAGCGCAGCAUCGACGCCGCCCUUACCCCUGAUGACUUGGACAAGCUGGAAAAACUCAUGCAGAAGCAAUCCCAAAUCAAGGCUGCCAAGCGCCUUCGCACUGUUCGAGAUGGCGCCGCUGCCUCUUUCAACCGC